AUGUCAAAAAUCAGAAAACGUUUCACGGAGCAUAUCUUGGCAGCGAAAGAGUACCUCAAGCGGAUGCAACCACCGAGGCAGGCCCCACAGGCUGGCAUUGUCUACCCGAAACGGGUUGCGAACUCGCCGGUUGCCGAACCACCUACUCGCCUCCUAGAAAUGUCCCAAAUCUCCCAAGGCUUAUGGAGUGAAGUGGACGGCAUGAGUUUAGGGCUCUUUAGUAUGAUGAAUAUUGGCACCCAAACCAUGCAACCGAAACGUCCAGCUGGCCAUCCCGAAAUCGAAUUUGAAGAAUGGGAUAUUAGAUCGGUGCAUUUCCUUUUGGGGGAUGUUAAUAGGGCUAUCUCUGAUGUUCCCUCCCCGAACUGA